AUGGGUUCUAUCGGUAUGCCCAAAGCGGACGACCGGCCUAUCCUGGGCCUCAUCGCCUCCGAGAUGAACAUUCACCGCGCACCGGGCGACAUUGGCAAUCGCAGAACGUUCGACUUUCCCGUCAUUCAGACAGAGAUCAAGGGAGCACUCCUCGCGUCAAUGGUCACAGAUGAGGAGCAUGACGACGAGAUGGUUGAUGCGUUUGUUGAGGCAGGAAAUCGUCUCAUCGAUCAAGGUGCUGUUGGCCUGGUCACAAGCUGUGGGUUCUGGGCCAUCUCCCAAAAGAAGAUAUCCCAAAGACUAUCGGUGCCCGUUGCAACAUCAUCUCUGCUUCAGGUACCCUUGAUCAGGACAAUCAUCAGACCUGACCAAGGCAUCGGCAUUUUGACAUUUGACAAAGAGCGUCUAAACUUUAACCACCUGAGGGCCGUAGGGUUGCACGACACGUCCAACAUCUAUAUAAGCGGCCCGCCCACCGAGGGGAAGAUGAAGCACACUCUCCGCGACGGCAUCCCUUACGACCUCGCUGCGCUGACUGCGGAAGUUGUCGAGACAGCCAAGCAACUGAUCAAGGAACAGCCACACAUAGGUGCUAUUCUGCUGGAGUGUACGCAAUUCCCACCCUUCGCCAAUGCUGUGCAGAAUGCAACAGGACUGCCCGUGUGGGAUGUCACUACAUUGGCGAAAUGGUUUUAUGCCGGGCUUGUGAGUCGGCCGCAGCCGGUCAUGACAAAGGAGGAGGUCCUCGAUGCUGCCGCUGUAAGGCCAAGGAGCCAGCGUGAGCUGAUGGAGAAGCCGAUCCGGCAGUAG